AGUCUCGCGUUGGCGCCGCCGCGCGCAUUCACUGCGUGAAUAAGCGUUAUUCUUCUAGAGUACGAAAAGCGUCAAGAUUUGGACAUGUCCUGUUUUGCUACUGGGCGUCCUUUCUGUGAUUCAUGCCUCAGGAUUACACUUGUGGAUUGCAGUCGUGCAGCGGCGUUAAAAGGGCGAACAUGUUGCUAUACAUAACUUAUUAACAUAUCCGGCUACAUGUGAUUUUAUUUAGAUAAUUUUCUUGAAUUAAAAUACAAUUUGGUUGUUUGCGGGGAAUUUUAAGUGGUGUCUGUUUCAUCACAAUGGAUUUGGAAAUGUUAUUGUUGGCGUUCGCGAUGUUUUGGAAAAUGUCAUCAGCAAUCCGAUGCUAUACGUGCCAACCGUCGUUAGACAGUUUAACAUUGAAUCGUCAACUGUGCCAGAACUUCGACGGCAGUGAACACUACAUCACUGACUGCCCGCAUUCCACCGUCUGCUUCAAGAAAGAAACCUCAUUGGUUGGGAUGGAAGAUCCAACAAAGAGCAUCAGCCGCGGCUGCGCGAAGCAACUCAUGUCCGGAUACCAAGAAAAAAUCGACGGACAUUGGCACCUCAUCGAUAAGAUUCACGAGCAUGAAGCCUAUACAGAAGGCUGUUACGAAAAAUCAAAUGAAUUCGACAGGCCUACGACAACAACUAACUGCUUUUGCAGAGGAGAUUUGUGUAACAAUGGUGUAAGAACUAUAGAAAAUGUGGUUUUUAUUAGCGUUUUACUGCUUUUAGUUCUAUAGCGAAUGUAGUUCGAUCUAAUAUAGGUUUCUCAAUGUAAAGCUCAAUUUACAUAGCCACGGAACGGAAUGGAAGCGAAUGUUUGUAACCAUAUUAUAAUAAACUAUAUGUCAAUUGUGUACGUACAAACUAUUGGACACAAGCCAAAAAACAGGUCAUGCGUCUUGUGCAGAAUUGUCGCGCAAUCUCUGGAAUUUCCGCCGCUACAUUUGACAUAAAGUUCAUUCAUUAUAUAAUGUACACAGGCCAGCACAUCAAGCUACACAUUGACGUAUGUUGUUCCGUUGCAAUGGAGGUGAUUUUCGAACAAAAAUGUGUAGUCUGAUGCGCCGUUGUCCGUACAAUUUCGUUACAAAAAUUCACUGUCAUUCCAUUCAGCAAUCUAAAUUGAUCAUGAGAACUCAUACCGAGAUUUGGUAAUUAUUUAUUAAUAAUAAUAAAAAAUAACCAAUUAAUAUUGCGACUUGCAUAGUGUCUGUAAAUACCGGUGGAGUGGUUAAAAAACUCAUCAUACUGUUUUUUUAUUAGUACAAAGAACAAAUUGUGUCAUUUUAUUAUGUAUGCAAUAAGUGUUUGUAUUUUGUAAUUUAACUGUCAUUUAUUAUAUUGUCAUUCAUUAUAUCGUAGGCUAAAUACGUAAACAUCGUAC